UUUCGGUGGAAACCGCCAAGAGGGUACCUGACGCUCACUGCGUGGGGAUAAAAUUUAAAAAUCCAUCCGCCUUCUAUAUUUUUUGUCUUAGAACCUUCCAAAUAAUCGACCUUCCGGGUGGGUCGGUCGUUAACUCCCAACUUCGCCUCCGUUCUGACGUCUGCCCGUACCUAAGAUGGAGGAGAAGCAUCGACCUCCUUCCCGGGGCCUCCCUCCUUGCCCCGCCCCGCCCCCCUCCCAAAUGACUACGGUGGCCUGCCGCGGGGGCUCUAGAGAGGGAGGGACGGGGCAGCCGUUAGUCCAGAGCCACGGUCGUAGGCACCACGCAGGAAUUCAUCUAUGGACUGGAGAGAGGUGCUUCGGCGACGGUUAGCAGCGCCAAAUACAAAAAAAAGCGAAAAAGAACUUAAAGAUGAAGAAAUGGAUCUGUUUACAAAAUACUACACAGAAUGGAAAGGAGGUAGAAAAAAUGCAAAUGCGUUCUACAAAUCUAUUCCACGGUUUUAUUAUAGGCUACCAGCUGAAGAUGAAGUCUUACUGCAGAAAUUAAGAGAAGAGUCUAGAGCUGUUUUUCUGCAAAGGAAAAGUAGGGAACUGUUAGACAAUGAAGAAUUACAGAAUUUAUGGUUUCUACUGGACAAACAUCAGACGCCACCUCUGAUUGGGGAGGAAGCAAUGAUCAAUUAUGAAAACUUUUUGAAAGUUGGAGAAAAAGCUGGACCAAAGUGCAAGCAGUUCUUUAUGGCAAAAGUCUUUGCUAAACUUAUUCAUACAGAUCCCUAUGGAAGAAUCUCUAUCAUGCAGUUCUUUAAUUAUGUUAUGAGAAAAGUGUGGCUCCACCAAACAAGAAUAGGGCUUAGUUUAUAUGAUGUGGCUGGCCAAGGUUACCUUCGGGAAUCAGAUUUAGAAAACUACAUAUUAGAACUUAUCCCUACUCUGCCACAGUUAGAUGGACUAGAAAAAUCCUUUUACUCCUUUUAUGUCUGCACUGCAGUUAGGAAGUUCUUCUUCUUCUUAGAUCCUCUGAGAACAGGAAAGAUAAAAAUACAAGAUAUUUUAGCAUGCAGCUUCUUAGAUGAUUUAUUGGAGCUUAGGGAUGAAGAACUUUCCAAGGAAAGUCAAGAAACAAAUUGGUUUUCUGCUCCUUCUGCUUUGCGGGUGUAUGGCCAAUAUUUGAAUCUUGAUAAGGACCACAAUGGAAUGCUCAGUAAAGAAGAACUCUCGCGAUAUGGAACAGCAACUAUGACCAAUGUCUUCUUGGAUCGUGUCUUCCAAGAGUGCCUUACUUAUGAUGGAGAAAUGGAUUAUAAGACUUAUCUAGACUUUGUGCUUGCAUUAGAAAACCGAAAAGAACCUGCAGCACUGCAGUAUAUUUUCAAAUUGCUCGAUAUAGAGAACAGAGGAUACCUGAAUGUCUUUUCUCUUAAUUAUUUUUUCAGGGCUAUUCAGGAAUUAAUGAAAAUCCAUGGACAAGAUCCUGUCUCAUUUCAAGAUGUCAAGGAUGAAAUCUUUGACAUGGUAAAACCUAAGGAUCCUUUGAAAAUAUCCCUUCAGGAUUUAAUCAACAGUAAUCAAGGAGACACAGUCACUACCAUUCUAAUUGAUCUGAAUGGCUUCUGGACCUAUGAGAACAGAGAGGCUCUUGUAGCAAAUGAUAAUGAAAACACUGCAGACCUAGAAGACACAUGAUCUUUAACAAACCAAACUGUCUCCAUUUAGACAUGCUUGAAUGCUGUAUGAUCAUACAAAAAUGAAUAAAUUAUAAGGGCGCAAUUAAAAUAUUCAUGUACCUGUAGAAAGCCUCAAGAGCCUGAUUUAUUGGGAUUUUCAAGUUAACGAAAUCUGAAGCCAGUGGGUCAGAUACUUUUUUUAGGAAGUAAAAUAUUAUAUGGUUAUGUUUAACUCAUAUAUACUU